AAUUUCUCAGACGGUCGCGACAGAUGCGGUAAAUAAAUUUUCAGAUUCCCAUAUUUCUUUGAUCUUUAAAAACAAAAUUUCCAUCAUUGUUUGGAAAAACGCCCCGUCGAUUUCCCCCCACGUAUAACCGUCGUUUUAAAACUAUACGAUAAUAGAUCAUUGUAAACACUCGCGAUUGAUAAACAAAUUUUGAUGACUAUCAUCAGCUAAAACUCGGAAUCUCCGACCCAUUUUCUCCGACUAUAUAAAGAGCUCGCGACUUAACAGUAAGCAUCUAGUUGCUCUUGAACCGCGUAUACUUGACAUUCAAGAGAGCCGCACAAUGAAGACGUUCGCGAUCAUUUUAUGUCUCGGCUUCACGUCGCAAGUGAGUCACGCAUUCUUCCCCCCUGACGUGGAAAAGUGCAUGGUCGAGAGUGGAUUUACGAAUAUUCCAGAUGAUUUGGGAAUCAUAGACGGCGUAGGUAAUCCAAACGAUACCGAUAAACUGAAAGAUGUUCCGAAAGAAAAAUUGGCAAUCGCCACGGCUUGCAUGUUCCACAAAGAGUAUACGAAUACUCUGUACGAUAUGCUCAAGUUACUUAUAGGCAUGAACGAUAAGGCAACCAAUGAUCAACGUCAACAAAUGAUGGAUACCUUAAACACUUGUCAUUCUGAAGUUAAGGAUAACGACGCUGAAUUACUGAUGUGUGUGAAAGCUUUCGAGGCUCCUUUCGACUACUUCAUAGAAACUCUCCACAUGUUUGGGAAAUCGGCUCUUUAUCCUUGCUACGGACACUGUGGAUUAAAGAUUCCCGACUUGUACAUUUUGGAGGAGCAUCGCAAUCACGUUGACGAGCUUCUCAAGCGUAUCGGCACAGACAACGUGUACUGCAUUACAGCUUGUAAGGUAGAACGUAAGGAGGAUAAUCCAGCACUGGCUCUCUACACCAUGCUUUCGGAAAUCAUCGAUAGAAGACUGAAGGACGACAAGAAUACAGAGGCGAAAGCCGCGCUGGAGAAGUGCUAUACCGACGGUGAAUACCAAAAAGUUGAAAUGGCAGGCAGUUUGGGCGAGACUAUUCCCAAAGGGUCCAAAGUGCGAGAUACUUACCAACUGUUGAAAUGCAUGAAAGUGUUCGAGGAACCAUGGAUUAAUCUUAUGAGAAAUUAAACGAAGUCGAAAAAGUUAAUUACCCGUACAUAUUUGUUAUAAAAACAAACUUGUACUAAACUUACCUCCUCUAGAGACUACAAUAUUAUUCAUAAUUAUGUGAUCCAUUUUUUAAAAUAAAAUAUAUUUUUCGACAAA